GAGUGGAAAUGCUUAAUGUGUUGCUGUGCAUAAGGUCCAUUGGAUGAAAAGCCUCUCGCUUUCAACUGGCCAUCACUAGUUUUGCUCGAAAUGGUCAUACAGGUUACUGUUUGAUGUAGAUGUCACAAAGCUUUGGAGACACGUAAAGGAUAAAAGUACUAUGUUGUCCUUAUCUUGAAGACAUGCAAGUAAGUCAUCAGUUGCAAAGACUGAAGACUGCUGAGGUGGUUGGAGCUAAAAUAAAGUUUGCAGACCUUGCUGAUAAAAGUGGAAGAAUGAAGCAUCACACAUUGAUCUUCUUGCUGUUUGUGUCUCUAAUGACAGCUUUUCAGUGUUUAAACGGAGCGUUUGAGCUGACGAACCUCCGCCCGUCCAUUCAAGAGGGAUCCUGCGUGGAACUGACCGUCAGGUCUACACGUGAGCUCCCUGUGCAGCCUUUCUACUGGUUUUGGAUGAAAGACGCCGAUAUCAUUCUUAGUUCCGCCACGCAACUCCGGCCCGUCCACCCGGACUUUGAGGGCCGUGUGAAAUCUGCGGGCCCGCCGCCUUUACAGUGGGGCACUGCCGGAACGUCAAUGACCAUCUUGAUGUGCGACGUCAAGAAAAGUGACAGUGGCAAAUACAAGUUUGCAUUUGGGUUCACUGUGGGAGAGGACUUAGAAUUGGCAGAGGUUUCUACUAGUGUCACAGUGGAAGACAAUCCCUGCCCCAUUUAUAUAUCAACGAUUCCAGACACCUUGAUGGACGAUAGGCAUGUGCUCCUGUCCUGCACGACUUUCACAACAUGUCCCUCAUACCCAGAAUUUUUGGAUGAUCUUCCAUUCCCAAUGGAGCUGAUUCAGUUGUACAGGAAGACUCGCUUCGUCAAUUUUAUGGCCAAGUGGCAGUAUGACGGCAAGCAGAUCUUUUGCCAAGUGCUCAACAACACUGACAAGUAUCUGAGGAAAGGCUACACUUUCAAUAUAAAAUACAGUACCAGAAAUACAAGUUUAAUGUUAUCAAACACCACUUCCGUCAUAGAAGGAAAAAACAUGACUCUAAUCUGCACCAGCCAAGGAAAUCCCACCCCCACGUUCAGAUGGUUCAAAAAUGACAACGUGCUACCAGUAGUGGGACCCGAGUGGACAAUCCCUUCCGUCACCACCGAGCAGAACGGGAAGUACAGAUGUGUUGCGACAAACUACUACGGUACUUCAGAGUCCACACUCGACAUUGACGUCAAAUACCCUCCGACGGUUGAAGUCGAGCAUUCCCGGUCCACAUUCAGGCAGGGAGAGGUCAUGACGCUGACGUGCAAUGUGAUGAGUAGCAACCCCGAGCCCAGUGACUUCAUUUGGUACAAAGACGACAAACAUGUGGCAUCCAAUCAAGUGUUCACGGUCUUGUCGGUUCAGCCCGAGCACAUGGGUUGGUACAAGUGUGUGGCCUACAACGAUGCGGGCAAUGGAGCGUCGGACCUUCUGAUUGAAGUGGAAUACCGGCCGAGGAAUACCACCGUUUCUAUCGUGGGUUCCGGUAGCCCCUUGGUCGAAGCGGGCGCGUCCGUUACGUUGCAGUGCAUCACAGACGCCAACCCCGUGCCCGACAAGUAUGCCUGGUUGGCAGACGAGUGCAACCAAUCGUCGGCGUGUCUCUCUGAGAACAUUGGUGACCGCCUGUUGGUGAGCGACGUUCAGCCAGGCAACCAUGUCUGCUACACGUGCAACGCCACCAACAAAGUGGAUGCUGGCGAAAACAGUGAACCGCUGUGCAUCCAAGUCCUGGAUGGUCCGACAAACCUGGUACUUUCAAUGACCACCGAGGUCACUGAAGGUGAGCUGGUCUCCAUGCUCUGCUCGGUGGAAAGCGUCCCACCCUCCGCCCUCAACUUGACCUGGACUUCCAGCGACCAGUCCAUGCGGGUGGUCGCUAGGUCCCAUGACGACAACACGCUGUUCCACAGCUUCAAAGCCACCUGCGCACACGGCGGCGUUUACACCUGCGAGGCCAUCAACAGCAAAGGAAGACAGAGCACGCAAAAGACUUUGGAUGUCAGAUAUGCUCCCAAAGAUGUGGUGGUGAAAGCUCACCCGUCUCUGGAGGUGACCGUAAACACGCCGUUGAAGCUGGAGUGCAUCGCCGACUCGAACCCGUCCGUCAAGUCGGUGAUGUGGUGGAAAGCGACUGACUCCACGAGCGACAACUUGGCAGAGAGCCGAACCUUAACCAUCACGUCCGUCACGGUCGCUGACGCCGGCUUCUAUGGCUGCACGGUCACCAACGAAGUGGGCUCGGCGAGGUCACCCAAAGUGGAGGUCAAGGUUCAGAUACGGUUGCUGAAAUACAUCAUCCCUCCUGUUUGUGUGCUCUUGUUCGUGGUACUUUUGUUCAUCUACAGGAAAAGGAAAUGCAUGAGGCCAAGACGUCAGGACACACAGAACAUUUUUGACACGGUCCGGACCAGCGAGUCGAGGGCCAGUAACAUGGGUAAGAAACCCAUUCGUAAUGUCGAGCUGCUCUCUGCUGGAAAGGAUCCAUCAGCGGCCAAAGUGGUUCAGGAUGGAACCCCCAAGGAUGACGCUGUCCACGAUGCUUUACAAAGAAAAGAUGGAGAUGCCGUGCACACCAUACUUGAGCAGCAGUGGUCCAAUGAGGUAACACGUUAUAACAAGGGCACCAACAAAGAAGAUGCAGUGGAGCUAUACUAUGCUCAGGUACACUUCAAGCCCAAAUGCAGGCGCAAGUGUACUGGAGACCGCAGUGACGAAGACAACAAAUUCGGCUUCUCAGUCUAACCUGUUGCUUCA